AUGUGCCUAGCAGAUGACGAGCUCCCCUUCAAAUCGAUCACAUUCGUUUGCUACAUCGUAUUUUUCCCCUUCUAUUUGGCCGCCUUUUACGCGUUGAUCUACAAAUGCCCGACAUAUUUCAAGCAUUAUCGAGUUCUUCUUCUAUUGCAUGUUAGCGGAAAUUUUGUAUUCGACACGUUCAUGUCAUUCUUCUGGCAUCCGCAAUUCAUUCUACCAUGGGUCGCAAUUUGCACGACGGGAAUUACCUACGAUUUUCCAUACGCUAUGUUUUAUAUAUUCUAUGCGAAUCUCAUAUACACCGGACUCGUCAUACUCUACAUGUUCGAAUAUCGAAUGACGAGCGUCGUUACGAACAUGCUCAAAUCGCUCAAGCGAUUCUUCCAGUCAUGUCAGCGAUUCAUCGAGUUUGAGUGUGUGCUCAUUUGCGUGAAUCUCAUGUAUUGCCGCGAGCACAUGAUUCGAUUCGAGCACAAGAUUGACAUUCAUUUGCGUCGCGGUCCGAUGCCCUAUUUUGUGUUCUGCGAUCGCUGCAUAUUCUAUCUCGACUUUGACUUCAUUCCGUGCAUCACCCUACUCAUUCUUUCGGCGAGCACCUUGUCGAAGGCCGCCGUUCUCGUUGUUGUUUACACGUCGGUGAUGACUCGCAAACUCCAGAAAUCGACGACGAUCAUGUCGACUCGCACCCUAGCCAUGCAGCACUCGUUCCUAAGAGCACUAAUCAUUCAGGCCUCUUGUCACGUUCUACUCAUCGGCACACCGGUUAGCGUAUUCCUUCUCGCCCACAUUUUCGACUUCACGAGCUCAAUAUGGCAUUAUCUCACCUUCAUUCUCACGUUGAUGUUGGCCCAACACGGCGGCGUUUGCGCGGUGGUUCUCUUGGCGUGCAGCAAGCCGCUUCGUGACGCCAUCACCGAGAUUGGUGCAAAUUCGAUUUGCGUUCGCGCACUUGUCAGGUUCGAAAUGUGCGAUGCCGAUGAUGACUCUGUGUUCAAGACGAUCACGUUCUCGUGCUUCGCACUGUUUUUGCCAUUCUAUUUGGCCGCCUUCUACGCGUUGAUCUACAAAUGCCCGACAUAUUUCAAGCAUUAUCGAAUACUUCUUCUAUUGCAUGUUAGCGGCAACUUUUUUUUCGACACGUUCAUGUCAUUCUUCUGGCAUCCGCAAUUCAUUCUACCAUGGGUCGCAAUUUGCUCGACGGGAAUCGCUCACGAUUUUCCAUUCGCCAUGUUCUAUAUAUUCUAUGCCAAUAUGAUAUACACCGGCCUCAACAUUCUGUACAUGUUUGAAUAUCGCAUGAGUGCAGUGAUUUCGAAUAAAUUUGAAUCGACGAGACGAUUCUUCCAGUGUUGUCAACGAUUCAUCGAGUUUCAGUGUGUGCUCAUUUGCGUUAAUCUCAUGUAUUGCCGCGAGCACAUGAUCAGCUUUGAGCACAAGAUUGCCAUUCAUUUGCGUCGCGGUCCGAUGCCCUAUUCGGCAUUCUGCGAUCGCUGCAUAUUCUACAUCGACGUCGACUUCAUUCCAUGCAUCACCCUACUCAUUCUGUCGGCGAGCGCCUUCUCGAAGACCGUCGUUCUCGUCGUCGUUUACACGUCGGUGACGAUUCGCGAGCUUCGCAACUCGACGAAAACCGCGUCGGUGAAGACAUUAACCAUGCAGCGCGCGUUUUUGAACGCCUUGAUUAUUCAGGCGUCCUCUCAUGUGGUAUUUCUGGCAUUUCCAGUUUGCCUAUUCCUUCUAGCCCACAUCAUUGACGUCGGCACUGAUUUGAAUGUUCUCGCCGCGAUUUUCUCGCUAAUGGCGGCCCAACAUGGCGGAGUUUGCGCGAUAUUGCUCAUCGCGUGCAGUAAACCAUUGAGAAGCUCGAUCACCCAAAAUUGUUGGUAA